UGCUGCGUGUUUCGCAUUCAAUUUCUCAGUUUGCCUUCUCCCCCCAAACAGCAACGCAGUGAUGGAUCCUGGAGCGGACAGCGACUGGAGGAGUCUCGCUUUCCGACAGAAAGUGGUAGGACAGAUUGAAGAGGCUAUGCGUAAAGCAGGCACUGCUCACAACAAGUCCAGCAAUGACAUGGAAAACCAUGUCUUUAUGAAAGCCAAAUCAAGGGAGGAAUAUCUGUCCUUGGUGGCAAGACUCAUUAUUCACUUCAGAGACAUUCAUAAGAAGGCCCAAGGCCAAGGUGACCCCAUGAACGCAUUACAGAACCUGACAGGGGGUCCUCCCGGUGGGGCGGCUGGCAUGGGAAUGGUGCGGAUAAACCAGCAGAUGCUGUCUGGGCAGACGCAGCCGGGGGCAUCAGGGAUGCCACCUCAUGGCUUGCAAGGUGUUGCUAACGCUGCACAGCAAAAUCAGCUCCAAAUGCAGCAGUUAGCUCAACAGCAACAGCAUCAGCAGCAGUUUCAGCAGCAGCAAGCAGCCUUGCAACAGCAGCAGCAGCAGCAGCAGCAACAGCAAUUUCAAGUGCAGCAACAGUCUGCCAUGCAACAGCAACAGUUUCAAGCGCAGCAGCAACACAUACUCAAGCUGCAGCAGAUGCAGCAGCAGCAGCAGCAGCAGCAGCAGCAGCAGCAACAACAAAACCAACAGCAGCAGAUGCUUCCUCCAAGAUUGCAGCAGCAGCAUCAGCAAUUGCAGCAACUUGCGCAAUUGCAACAGCUCCAGCAGCAGCAACAGCAGCAGGCGCAGGCACAGGCGCAGGCGCAAGCAAUGCAACAGCAGCAGGUGCAGCAGCCAAUGCAACAGCCUCAGCACCAGCAGCAGCAGCAGCAGCAGCAGCAGCCUCAGUCCAUACAGCAGCAGAUGCAGCAAAUGGCACAGCAACAACAAGCCCCCCAGCCCCAGCAAGCUCAGCUGCCACCACAGUCCCAGCAGCAAACCAUGGUGCCCCAACCUCAGUCCCUAGCAGGGCAGAUACAAGGACAGCCCGUCCAAACUGGGGGUCUCACACAGCAGCAGCAGCAGCAGUUAAAGAUUCAAGCCAUGCAGUUACAGGCUCAUGCUCAAAUGGUUCAGCAGCAGCAGCAGCAGCAGCAGCAGCAGCAGCAGCAACAACAAGCACAACAGGCAGCUCAGCAACAGGCUCAACACCAAGCCCAGCAAGUUGCACAGGCACAGCUAGCAGCAGCAGGAGGAGCUCCUGGACAGAUGAUGUCCCCUAAUAUGCUCCGAGGUGGGAUGCAAAUACAACCACGGUUACCCCGCGCGGCCGCAGCCUCUGCAGUGCCUCAAAACUCCGCUCCUUUGGGAGGACAGCAAAUGCCACAGGUCAGUCAAGGCAAUAUCACCAUGAUGUCAUCCCCCUCUCCGGUACAGCAGGUGUCGACGCCCCAGUCGAUGCCCCCUCCCUCGCAGCCACAGCCUUCCCCUCAGCCUCCAACCUCCCAGCCCAACUCCGUCAGCUCCGGACCGGCCCCAUCUCCAGGGGGUUUCCUUCCCAGUCCCUCCCCACAGCCCUCCCAAAGCCCGGCCACAGCACGCACACCACAGAACUUCAGCGUGCCCUCGCCAGGACCACUCAACACUCCAGGUAACCCCGGUUCCGUUAUGAGUCCUGCCAGCUCAUCACAAACAGAGGAACAGCAGUACCUGGAGAAGCUCAAACAGUUAUCAAAGUACAUUGAACCUCUCAGGAGGAUGAUUAACAAGAUUGAUAAAAACGAAGACAGGAAGAAAGACCUCAGUAAGAUGAAAAGUCUGUUGGAUAUUCUGACUGACCCUUCGAAGCGCUGUCCAUUGAAAACUCUGCAGAAGUGUGAAAUUGCUCUUGAAAAACUGAAGAAUGAUAUGGCAGUGCCAACACCUCCUCCCCCGCCAGUACCCAGUACGAAGCAGCAGUACCUGUGCCAGCCUCUGCUGGAUGCCGUCCUGACAAAUAUGCGCUCCCCUGUCUUCAACCAUUCCCUCUACCGCACCUUUGCACCGGCCAUGACCGCUAUUCACGGACCUCCAAUCAUGGGCCCAAUAAUCUCUGCUCGGAAACGGAAACAUGAAGACGAUGAAAGGCAGACAAUCCCAAAUAUCCUGCAAGGGGAAGUGGCGCGGUUAAAUCCGAAAUUCCUCGUCAAUCUCGACCCUUCUCACUGCAGUAACAACGGAACUGUUCAUCUCAUUUGUAAAUUAGAUGAUAAAAAUCUUCCCAGCGUACCUCCACUCCAGUUGAGCAUACCAGCAGAUUAUCCAGAGCAGAGUCCACAAUGGUCAGAUGAUGCACAGCACUAUGAAGCAAAUCCCUUCUUGCAAACGGUUCAUCGGAACAUGACAUCCAAACUUCUUCAGCUUCCUGACAAGCACUCAGUAACUGCACUUCUCAGCACGUGGGCACAGAGUGUAAGGCAGGCCUGCUUGUCUGCAGCAUAGUGCUGUUGUAACAAGAGCUAAGUUGGUUUGUAAAAAUCAUGGCAAUUGAUUGUUUGUACUGAGAAUGUAUACACAGGGCAGUAAAAUGACCUCCCCCAUAUAGAAUAUUGUGAUGAAGAAUUUAUAAAGUGUUUACUCCUAUCUUUCACUUGCAGUGUGCAAGUUUAUAAACUUUUUUUUAUAUGAACCUGUCUUCUGAAACUAUCUAGUAGAUUAUUAAAUAAAUACUUAUUCUAUA